UUUAUUUCUUUACAGAUACCCAUAAUGGACUGCACUGGACAUAAGAAUCAAACAUAAGAUGGCCGCCGAAGGCCUUUUCCAAACGAAACAAUGGACGAAACACAAAAUGAACAGAAUCACAGUGAAAUUCCGCAUCACUAUGAUAAUAUUAGCUUCUUUGCCUUAUAGCUCAGCGGUUAGUUUACCAAAUGGGGAUCCGGCUCCGGGCAGGUCACCGGGACCGCCUACCGAGGGACCUAGUUAUGAAGGAACCGCUAACUUUGGCGUUGAAGAGACUACAGUCAGUGCAACGAGUGUGGAUAUGGAUGACGUUUGUGUGUUCGCUAGAGUGGCCAGUGACAGCGGUGACGUAGUGACGUUGAGUGAAGAUGACAGUGACGUGAAUUUGACGUUUAGUCAUUCGGUGUUCGAAGUGGAGGAGCUAGUGAGAGGCGUCGUUUAUGACGUCCACCUCCAGUUCGAAGAGCAAAUCCUCCGAGACUACGUCCUCCACUCGAUCGUGAACAACUUCAUCCGUGGGAACUUCACGCCCACUUCGUACGCUGAGCAGCCCUGUGACGACCAGACCCCCUACUUCCAACCAAAACGCUCCAGAAGCGAACGCUCCAAACGCACAAGAAAACACCGCGACUACAGCAAGUACUACUUCAAACCAAAGAUGAGGAACAAGAGAUCUCUGUACGGGUUGAGGCGGGUCAAGAGUGUUAGAUACAAGAAACGAUUCUUGCCUUCAAGGGUGAUCAGUGGACCGCUGGAGGGUCGGAACGGUGUGCUGCUGCAGUGGACCCUCACUGAUGCAGUCCACUUCGACAGCGAGGAGACUAGUGUUGUUUUUAGAUUACGCUAUAGAAAGACGACGAGUGCCACCAUAUACCAAGUGUUCUUUACUAAAAUAUUAAGAUUAGAAUGUGCUAUACGACUUCGACCAACACGUUCGGGCCGCGUCCAUUCGGGACACCUGCCUCGGACUCACGGAUGCCGCCUUAUCAUCCCUCAGCCUUCACCGAAAAACGCCUUACUCAUUGAACUUCACAAACUAAACGUCCCCUGCGCGGCAGGCUUCAUCCGCUUCGCACCCAAUACUCCUGCUUUAUGUGGAAAGCUGGAGCAGGUUCCGUAUCCAAAUCGAAGGUUCUUGUAUCUUUCCUCGAACAAGGACCAGACUAUUGAACUCCAUGGCCGACCGACGUUCGCCGCGUCCUACCGUCUCGUAGAUCAUUGCCACGAUGUUCUCUUGACUGAUAGAAACGGCUCGUUCGAGGUUGGACCGACAACUAAACUUCAGUGCUCUUACCGAAUCCACUUGCCUUACGGGAAUCGAGUGGCCCUACGUCUCCAAAUGGGUGCCGGUUCCAUGGAUCCCAUAGAGAAUGAUCUAUCGAAUAUAAUCCACGAAGAUCUCCAAGCGACGUGUAGAGGUAUGGAACUGACACUGCAAGAUGGGGAGUCAAAGUGGAGACACUGCUCCCAACCAGCAGACCCUUUGAGAAAUGUCCAAAUAGUGUCAGAGGAGAAUUCCGUGAGACUAAAUAUAAGUAUUUUGACCAAGAAAACUUCUUCGGCAAUGUGGUUAAAAGCUUGGUGGAUGGAUAAAGAAGUUGAAAACAUCGCAGGGCAUUGCGAGUACGGUUGGGUGCUCUCGGAGGAUUUUUGUAUAAGCGCCGUGAGAGGAACGAAACGUGCCUGGAGACAGGCUGAGGCCGAAUGCGUGAGGCUCGGCGGACACCUCGUCAGCAUCAGAAAUGAACGGCAGCAACAAAUAAUGGAUCAGAUGCUCAUUCACGCGCCUGGCGCGGGAGUAGACGAUGUGUACUGGAUCGGAGCCACGGAUGCAGUCCACGAGGGAGAGUUCCGUUGGUCAGAUGGCUUGCCGUUUUCGUACGCACACUGGUUUCCCGGCUGGCGGAAGCACAGCAGUCAGCCCAACGAUGACGGCACCUCGGGCCAGGACUGCGUGGAGGCUAGGCGAGAGUUCCCACCUCGUCCAGCGCCAGCCGAACCCACCUUCAUGUGGAAUGACAGGGGAUGCAGAGAACACAAUUACUUUGUCUGCGAGAAACCCAGCGUUGAUGAUCCUUACACGGCCUCCAAGAUCCAAUGUAACGAAACGAUCCAGCUAUCGCAUUCGCAUCCCCACGCCACAGUGUCGAGCCCCGGCUUCCCUCGUCCGUACCCUGACGACGUGGAGUGCAUCACAGAGAUCAGGACGCCUCCAGCUCACACUCUGCGCUUGCACUUCGAAGAACUCCUCACCGAACACGAGCCUCAUUGCAGCUACGACUUUCUGGAGAUCAUCGAGGUCGGGGUGGAGAACGCCACCGACCACUCCGGACAAGACUGGCUCAUCGACCACCAGGACGCGUUCAGCUCGGAAAAUGAGGUCUGGGAAGAGACCGAGUCGCUGAUGCCGGAGUCGGACUCUAUAAGCGCCGGCUGGAGCAGAGAUCAUCAGACGGCCCACGCCAGGAGGCUCUGCGGCGACUGGAGUGGGAAACUGAAGCUGUUGCGUUACCGAUCGCGAAGCAACGCCAUACGACUCAGGUUCAAGGCGGACCACUCGAGGCACUUCGCGGGAUACCGGGCUAAAGUCACCGUUGCGGAUGCCCAGUCGUGUAUGGACGUGAGACAAGUACUCUACAAUAAUCAUUGCUAUCUUUUCUCUGGAUAUCCGAGAGCUUCGUGGACCACAGCGAAACAGGUCUGCGAGGGCCUGAACAUGCAUCUCGCGUCAGUCCAUUCCGGCGACGAAGAGCGUUUCAUCAUAUCCGGCAUCAGACAGAGUGCGGACUACAGCGCCGGAUCGGUUUAUUGGCUGGGCGCUCGUCUGCUGGACGGGGAUUUCUCCUGGAUCGAUGACUCGGAAGUGGAGUACCAGGGGUGGCCGCCUUACAACGACACUGAUGAGCUCGAUGACGCCUGCCUGGCUAUUCAGUGGAAAUCUUCGCCGGUGCCGUCGCAGCCGAGUGGUCUCUAUUGGACACUUCACAAAUGCAUCCUCACCGGUGGAUAUGUCUGCAAAAGGAAGCUCAAUCCUGAACACAGUGUGCAGAACAGAACAGUUGAAGGAACAUCAGGAAUUCUAACGAGCCCAAAUCAUCCAGGCCUGUAUGACAACGACCUGGACUACUGGAUCCACGUGGUUGGACCGCCUGACACUAGACUGGUUUUCGUGUUCGUUGCCGUAGACUUGGAGUACCAGAAGGACUGUCUUUAUGAUUUCGUUGAGUUACGUGAUGUCCAAACUAUGAAGUCAUCGAGGUAUUGCGGCAACGUCGCCGAGACAAGAUGGGUAGCCGACGGUCACCGAGCUGUCCUACAUUUCCAUUCUGAUUACAACACGCAAGGCUCUGGAUUCUCUUUAUCGUGGCGUGCUGUGGAGCUCGCUGGCUGUCCGUCGCAGACGUUCACAUCCAAGGAAGGAGUAUUAAAAAGCCCCAACUUCCCCCACUUCUUGCUGCCCAAUCUGGAUUGUACCAUUGAUAUCCUCGCUCCAACUGGUAAAAGAGUCUACCUCAACAUCAGCUAUUUCGAUUUCGGCUAUGGAACUUUUGACAAAGGCGUUCCCGUCAACGUCACUGGCUCCGUCAGCGAAGAGUCGUACCUCGAGGUGCAGGUCGACCUGGAGAACCUCCCGAUCAGACCGUUUCAGAGUCCCGAUAUCUUGACGAACAGCCUCUUUGUCUCUAAAGCGGAGAUUCUGAGGAUAAGACUCAGGACUGGAGAGAAUGUUACCGGGAAAGGUUUUUUAGCACAUUUCACAACCGUGAAUUUUUUAAACGUGUCCAAUGUGAUCGAUCUCCGAGACGUCCGCUCGGGGCGAGUGGCGGCUCCGAACUGGCCUCAGCGCGCCCCCCCGCGCGCCGCCCUCCGCACCCGGCUGCUCGCACCGCACCAUCACACAUUGACACUGGCUUUUGCGAAGACUACCCUAGUGGUGCUGGGGGACACCGCGGCGCCCUGCGGGGAUGGAAACGGUUGGAUCGAGGUUAAAGACAGCUAUACCGACAAUAACGGCACCCAGUGGACCCUGUGUGAGGUGGACAGGAGGAAGAGGAAGCUGGCGCCGACAGCUCCACUGGUCAUAAACUCGUAUCUCCAUUCGCUGGUGAUCACUCAGCACUCUGGAGAAAGAGGAGUCAACAUGGACGCAGCACUUGUUGUCAACGAAGAUCCGGAGUACCACAGUAAAGUACUGCUUCUACCUGACGAAACUAACUUGGAGUCGUGCUACCCAAACCCGUGUCUCAACGACGGACGUUGCUCCUCUGAUGACGCUCGAAGUUUCUGCGAAUGUGCUGGAUACUAUACAGGAGUGUUCUGUCUCGUGACCGCGUGCGAGCGGUCGCCGUGCUUGUUCGGGAAGUGCUCGCUGGGCGGCGGCGAGGGGGGCGAGGGAGGCGAGGGCGGCGGCGUGGAGUCGUUCCGGUGCGCAUGCGCGCGCGGGUGGCGCGGGCGACGUUGCAGCGAGCGCGUGCGGCCCUGCGCCUCGCGGCCCUGCAACAGCCGCGGCGCCUGCACCGAGCGGGACGGCGCCUUCCUCUGCCAGUGCAACCCUUCCUGGAAAGGCAAGAGGUGCGAAAUACCAAAUCCCUCGCCCCAUAUAAUCGGUUUGGGCCAACGAAUGCUCCAGGAACCAUUCUGGUUGGGUCUGAUCGCGGUGUUCGUAGUGCUCGGCAUGAUCGGGCUCGUGUGGUGCGCGAAAAGGCACUUCCCGGAGAAGAUCGAGAAACUCCUCGCGGAGGAGGCGGACAGGUGCGCGAGACCGGCCCCCAGCCAGGAGUCGGCGCCGCGCACGCUGCUCACGCGCCUCGGUAUCCGCAAGCCUUCCGUGUCGGGCCUCGCGCACCCGCGGGCCGCACGCACCUUUAGCUUGGACGAUCUCUUAAAGCCGCCGCUCGGACGAACACCGUCGCCCCGUAAAAAACGUAACAAUUCAACACCGACAAAGAAAAAUGCCGCCGAAAAGAAACAGAUAUUACAACAGCUAAUAAGUCCCGCGUCGGCCAACGAUCAUACCAAGAAGAUCACGAUGGGUGAACUGAUACAGAUGUCGGAAAAGAGAACCUUAAGUACUGUGGAGAGCGCCCCGGCAUUUGUGGACUACGGAGUUGAGAAUAAGGAGACAUCUUUCGCUAGUGAGGCCUCUAGUCCGUCCACGUCGCCUUCCAUGAGACACAUUCCGGACCCUAAGCUCGAGAAAAAAGUCACAUUUGCGAGGCUCCUCAAUAAAGUAUCAGCGGAAAUGAGUUCUAGUUCCGAUGUCGAUAUGGUGAACACUAUCGCGAUACCGAUGGCGGUUAUAGCUAAUAGAGGAAUGAAAGCCAAAGCAUCCAGCACUCCUCCGUCGCCAGGCGUCGAGAUCAGGUCCCCUCACAGCACGUCCAGUAAUCAAGGAAGCGACUCAAUGUCCAGUCUCGAUUUGACGUUGGCGAAUGGCGCUUUAAAAAAAUAUUCAAGAACUCCAAAAAUCUCCAGCGCGGACUCGAUCUUGGCGAUGUUCCGCAAUUUCUCUUCGUCAUCAGUUGCCAUUGUAUCCAGGGCAUCGUCUGGAGGUAUCUCCGUUUCCAGUACACCUUCAGCUUCCUCUCCUCAAGACGAUACAAAUGAUGCUGACGACAUUUCUCUGGCUUCUUCGCAUAUACCAUCUUUGGCACCCGAUUCGCCAAUCACAAGGCCACAUAAUACUAUUGAAAUCCAGGUCUUGGAUCCAUUAAGUGCCCACAAAUCAGCAUCAUCUGGCAGCAACCUUCUCCACCCACCUUCCAUUCUACUCGAAGUUCCUAGUUCCAUGAACAAAUGCUUAUCUCCCAUUAGGGAACUACCCACGCCCUUACCUACCCCUUUGCCUACCCCUCUACCUACACCACUUCCAUCCCCUCGGAUGCCGCGAGCUUGUAUGGAUAUAGAUAAUAAAAGUGAAUCAACAACAACUUGCAUCUCGCCCAGUGAAGACGAGCUUGAAGAAAUUAAAUGUGACAAACCUGAGAGGUCUCCAAUUGGCCUAAGAUUGAAGUUAUGUCAGCCGGCAUUAAAUGCUGACACACCAACCCCGUCGACCCACGUGACAGACUCGCCGAGCCCGAGCUUCACGCACAGUCAGGACUCGGAGCGCGAGAUGUCAUCGCCAUCUCCAGCUCCUCCAUCUCUGAGGGUUCCUCUCCUAACCAUCGAACGACCCUCCCCUGGUUCCCCCCCACCACGACGCACUCCACCCCACCUUGAAUUUCAGCCUCCUCCCUUGAUAACGGUAACCUACAACGCUAGUGAAGAAUCCGACGAGCCAAUAUCUCCACGACCCCCACCCCCUAGCGCCAAUAUGUGCUAUCUAAGUCCCUUCUCCAUGUCAGCGAGAGGCGAACGAGCUCCGUCCGAAUCAAACCUCUCGUCGUCGGGAUACAGUUCAAUGGCGAGUCCUGGACCUUCGAGGUGUGGUUCCAGUAACCCCCUCUGUCCUUCAGAAAUGGAAGACCCGGGUUCCGGAGGCGGGCCUUCUUGUUUUCAAAGGAGACGACCGUUGAUGAAAACUAAUUCCAGUCCUGCUGCUUCCAACGACGAUUCCAAAGAGCGAAGAAGAGGCAGGUCCGACUCAGAGACAUUAUCAGACGAUCCUCUGCUCGAGUCUAACGAUGAAGGAAUAGGCACUGAUGAGAGAGUUGAUGACGUGCCUGUCAGCGCUAAGGAAAUGGAACUGGUCGGGCUUAUAGAGACUCUAGACGUACCUCAAACGACUUUAUGUUCCCCGAGUGGAGUGACCAAGUGUUCAAUAGUGAAGUGCAUUAGUGUUGAAAGAGGUUUGGACGAAAAAGUUUGCUUAAGGCCGCCGACUUUACUUUCCGAAGGCAGCAGACCGUUGAGCCCCGUUAGUUCUAGGAGUGAAAGUCCUCUAAGCGAUAAGACCGGGUUAGGUAGGUUCUCACCUCAGUUUUAUGGUCGUCAACUUCCGUUCACUGAUUCCGAUGGCAUAUAUGACUUUCCAAGUUCGGAUUGUGUGAAGGGAUCUAGUUGUAAGUCAGCAGGUAGCUCGCAAAAGAAGAGCGGUCGGAAACGAGAUAGGCGGACAUCGCGGACGGCUUCGCACGAAGUUGCGGGAACGACAAAAUCUACACUACCACACAUGCCGCAUUCUAUGCACAAUUUACUUGAGGUGCCUGGUAGCCGCGACGCGUCGGGCCGCUGUCGCAAGAGCGGGCGGCGCCGGUCGCGGUCUCAAGCCCCCGCGCCCCCCUCCUCCUCCUCCGAGGACUCCGUCUCCAACGCAUCGGUGGCCUCAGUCGCAUCCGCGCGGGAGCUGCGCUUACCUGAUUUGGAAAUGCAGCAAUGUGAGCCGACGCGGUACCGGAAACCGCUACGAAGACAAAAAUGCCGUAGCUCGGAGGACACCUCGUCAAAGAUAUCCUCGAGUUUGGAUCUGACCGAAGACACGCGGAAACCUGUCAAAGUCAACAAACUAAGGACCAUCAGUAAUCAAAUUAGAUUCCUUAGACGGUUGGAGAGGAGCUUAAAGAUGAAGGAAAGCUACCCGGCGCUCUCGGACGACGAAGGAGACGAGUCCUCGAGUGUCACGUCCCCACUACUACAAGGCAGGAAGGAUUGUCGUCUGUCGAGCCACGCAAUAUCAGCCCCUAUGUUAAGUAACGUAAGACCGAAAAUCACCAGGCAAAGACGAUACGAUAGAUCGCUGAUCAGCGAGGACACGAGGACUCUAAACGCUAGUGCGGGACACGAUAAUUCAGAUUAAGACCAAAAAUUCGUAUUGAUAUAUUAUUGAGAUGACGUUCUGAGGAUAUAUUUCAACUAAAGUGUUCUACAUUAAAUCCCUCUACGAAAAUGGGAAUUUAGAUAUGACGAACCUGAAAAUGAAAACGUUAUAAAUGUUUUACAAUAUUCUAAUAAUUAUGUGAUAUAUAGAUAAUUAUAUAAAAUAAUAUUAGAACGUUACCGAAAUUAGUAGAAACAAGUUGAUUAGAUACGCGAGAUCGUAGAUUUUAUGAUUUGUAUUUUGUUCAAUUUUGAUGUCUCGAUAAACUAGUAAUUAUAAUGUUGUAAAUAACUUUCAUUGAUAGCAAUAAUUAAUUUAAUUGUUUGUAGAUAUUUCUUAGUGAUUUAAUUGAUAUAUUAAUGUAAAUUGUUGAGUAAAACAGUAAGUAGAUAGUCAUUCUUUUAUUGAAAAAUAAUUUUAUUCGUAGUUUACCUUGCUUCCACUUGAUUUUGUUUUUCUAUUUAUGUUGUAUUAAAGUAAGCAUUAUGCGUUUGUAAAUAUGUCUAGAUAUCGUAUUGCUCAAAUGCAUAUUUUAUGAAAUCAUUUUCGCACUCUUUGCUAUUUUGUAUAAUAUAUUAUAUAGACAUAUAUAUAUAUUUAAAUGAAUUUAAAACAUAUAUAUUUAUAUUCUGAACGACACGAGAGAGUUUUGUUUUCAUUAUUAUUCCUUUAUAAUUAUAAUAAACUUUACACUAAUUGAAUAAGCUAUAUUGUAAGUUACGGUAUAUAAAAAAAAAAAAAAACAAAAAAACAAAAGGCCCAAAAAAACUGUAUACUAAACGCGUUUUAAACUUAUAUACAAAAUGAUACUAAUCAUAAUUAUUGUAAUCUUUAUUCUGUAAUUGUAGAGUAAAUUCGAUUCUUGCUAAUAGUUAAUACCUAACGCACCAAUAGAAUAGGACACUGCAAUACUAGUUAUAUUUAUAUCGUAAUGUUAAAUUGAAUGCAUUCGUUUUAUUCUUAGAUUCGAUCCUUCGAAAUAAAACAGUUAAUUCAAUAAGUAAUGUUCAAGAAUUUCCCGUUAUAUUUAAACCUUCGUCAAUGACUAUUCAUAAUUCCUUGUGUAGUAGCUUCUAAUUUUCAAAAUAUUAAACGAAAUUUAGACCUAUAGAUUAGAUUUUGACCCUUUUACUGCUGUGUAGGUCACCGGUGCCGUACGCGGCGCACUGAAUAAUGUCGACUUCGGUUACUAAGCACCUGGAUUGCCUAAAUUUGCCUUCUUUUGUUCUUAAUGUAUGUUUUAGUAUUUUAGGUCGUUUAGAUAUAGAUUCAUUCUCAGUAUCUUCGGAUUCGUCUUUCCCAGAGACUUCUAGAUAUUCCGGCACCCUAGUAACAGAAAUCGACAUAAUUACUUCAGUGCGCCAAGUAGGACACCGGUGACCUAAAUGACAGUCAAAGGGUUAAAGAGUGUGUCAUAACUUUCCGACCGAACAUGAGUCCUUUUGAAGGUUCGGAAAGGGAGAGUUAUGAAAUGCCUCCAUCGGCAUAGUGAUUACGAUUAAAACGCAGUUUCAGCAAUAAUAUGAUGUGAUUUGACUGUUUAAAGACUGAGAUUAACUUUUCGUGCACUACGUUCUUAUUUCCGUUCUAUGUGCUAUUUUUAUUGUAUGCUUAUAUUAUGUGUUUUGCAUUACGCUUAUUAUGUAAAUAUUAGUCUUUAAUACGAGUAUUUAUGUACACGCAUCGUUCCUUUUCAUUUUGUCUCAACGUACAACUAGGAAUCCCACGUUUUGUCCCGUUCCGCAAUGUGACUGUAACACAAAUUUAAUUAGGGGAGACCUUUAUGCAUUAUGAAUAUUUCUUAAUUCUUUUUUUACGUUUUUGCUUUUAGUCUAUAGGUAUAUUAUUUAGAAAUUGGAACUCAAUCCAAUUAUUUUUUCCAUUGUUAAUCUAUGUGUUAUAAAUUUUCCUAAGAAUCCAGAUUCGGUAUAUUCUUAACUCAGUCCUCCUCGCUCAAGUCAAGGUCUCUGGAAGCACAAUUACCCCGAGCAACAUUUAGCGCUUCUGUGUAAAAAUAGUUAACUAAAAUUACGAGAAAAAUAAUUUAAAAGGGCCUGUACAUUGAGACUGAUUUUCUUAAAGUAAAACUAAUGCUUAUUAUUGUGUCCUUAUGUUGUCUGUGUGAUCGUUUGACAUUCAUUGCCGCGAAUUCUACUGUGAAACUUGUGGAAUAUUGACUUAUCUGUAUCGAAUCAAAACUUUAGUAAGUAUAACGGUAAAAAGGCAUUAGUAAUUUUACCAAGUUAUUUCGGGUCGAAAUCAAAUUCGUGGUCACGAAUGCCGAAUGAACGUUUUGUAUGUUUAUCUGUAUCCUUGUGCCUUCUAUCAAUAUAAGGCCUCUACUGAAAUCUCAAAUUUACUAUUUAAACUUACCUCUCAGUUUUAUUAAUGGCGGUUUUAGCUACAGUAUAUAUCUGUGACAGUCUGUUUUUUUUGUUCUCAACAUGCAUUAUGAUUUUAGUCGAUAUGAAUUUCUCAUCGAUUUUAUAUAACUAUAAUACUGUCAUUGAAGUUUGGACGCAAUCGUUGAACUAGGCAAAAGAGCUUCUAAUUUCUAAUUACAUCCAGAUUAAUAAAAUGAGAAGUGUAAGUAAAGUAAGCUUGGGAUAUCCGUAGCAAUACUUAAUGUACAACUAAUUAAAAUGGAUGUUGUAUUCGUGAUGAAUAAGAACACAGUUUUUACGACACUAUCUAACGUGCAAAAGGCGCGAAGCCAUUCCGCUAUUAAAAUAGAAUUGUUAUAAAAAAUUAUAGAUUAUGUAACUGUAAUCAUUUAGUUGUCUUAUGAUCAUUCAUUUUAUAUUUGUGGUUUACAUUACGCGGACAAAAUUUGCAGAGAAAAUCGGCAAAUUGUAUAUUAAAGAAAAACUUGUGGUUAUUGUUUCCCACUAUAUAAUACCUAUACACUACCACGCUAACCACGAUGUACUACCGAAACAGUUACUAGUAGCCAGCUCUUAUAUUGAAGUCGUCUAGAAUUAUCACAUCAAAAAAGUAUAAUUUCAAACAAAUUGCAAUAAUAAAGCAAAUGUGUAGUUGUCGCGACUUAAAGGAAUCCAAGCGUCGAUCUUUCGAUCUUUCAAUCUAAAAACUAUGAAACUAGAAAAAAAUUAAAAUAAGUGAUUUAAAAAAUGUAGGUAUACAUAUACCACCAUUCAUAUCGGCUCACAAACCUCGUUGAUACACAUAAAUGUAGUCUCUAUGAUUCUGUAUUUUGGAUCUCUAACAUAAUCGAUACUAAAUAAAAAACGAAAUGGUCUAAGCUAAAGAUUAUUAUAAUAUAUUAAAUUUGAUGAACAGGCAUGUCAGGGUUCCCCAUUCAUGUAUAAUGAUUAAUAUACAAAAUCAAAUUCGUUUAUUCGCCUUUGACGUAAUGAUGAAUUGAAUAUUGAAUGAAAAUAAACUCUGCAAUAGAGACGAUAUAUCGAUAUAUCGGCUGCUGAGCGAUUGACUGCCACUCGGCUGUUGGCUUUGAUUAGAUGAUUAUUUAUGAACAUCAGUGAAUACUUGCCAUUAGGUAGAUAAAGACAUAGAAAGAGUAUUAAAAAAAAUUUGCCGAUUAUCAAUCAGGAUUUCAAAAAUAAAAUUAUAGUGAAAAACCUACCGUUGUAAACGGAUUUAAAAAAUUUAAAAGAUUCUCAAUUCGGGGCAUACCUUAUUUUUUUGUUUCUUCCGUACAUAAAAAUCUUUAUAAUAAAGUCGCAUAAUAAAACAAUGAGAUUACAUUGAAGACAAGUAAUACAAAUAAAAGAGGGUAGGUAACCAAAGAACAAUAACAGACCACAAACCAACUAUUCUUUGAAUUUUUUCGUAUUUUUGUUGAUGCUCAUCUCCGGAACUACUGAACGAGUUUCGACGUAGACGUGGAUUCAUUUGGCGCAGCAUAUAAAUAGCAUGAUAUAAAAAAACUGAAUUUCUCUUGUGCUUUUAUGUUAGACAUAAGUUUAUAUCAAACAAUACUAUACCAUACAAAGGAAACCAUCCGUUUUCUCACCACCACUCAUAGAUAAUAAUACAUUUAAUGUUCCACUGGUAACACCCGAAAACGGACCAGAAAGAGGUUUGAUAGAUUUAUCGCUUCAUAACAUUCUACCCAGUCUGUCCGCAGUCGCGGCAUUUGCAACAUCGCCAAAAUAUCGCCGGGUCAUUAAAACUAAAAUAAAUAAGAUCUACAGUGUUAAAACUUAUCCUCAAGUCCUACCAUAUUUAAGAAUUAAGGGUCGCACUGCUUAUAAAAAUACCUGAAAAAUCAAAGCUGUUGAUGAGCAAUGUUAUUAUUAUGAAUAUUAUUUAAAUGUAAAUAUACAUCACACUGUACUUAUUUACGAAUGUUCACGGAACGUCCCAAUCACGAUGUAAGUUACGAUUAAAAAUAAAAUAAAACUUUUGCUUGUUAA